CCCAAUGGCAACUCCAGCAUAUGUGAGGGAGCUGCAGCAGACCUCCCAGCCUCAGGGAGGCGGUGUUGCUCCCACAUCAGGCCAGACUUCCACCGUGACAGCAGCUCCCCAACAAUUCCUGGCUGAACUUCAGACUACAGGGGCCACGUCUUCAGCGGCUCCACCCACCGGCCAGACCACGCCCCCUCCCUCGCAACCACAGAAGAGCCAGGCAAUUGCCCAGGCACCACCCACACAAGCCCCGCCCACUCAGACUCAAUAUGUCACAGCUGAGAUUCAGAGCUCACCUAUGCAGUCCAGCAGUCAGAAUACACCACAGUACAUCGUUGUCACAGUUACAGAGGGUUCUCUUCAUUCCAGUGACUCUGUGUCAGAUUCUAGUCCUCCUGCUACUGUAGUCCAAACUGGAGUUCCCACACAGGUGGUGCAGCAGGUGCAGACCGCCCAACAGAGGUCAGUAGUUCAAGCUACAUCUCAGACAACGAAAACAGAGCCGGGCACCCAGCUGAAUGUCACCAGCCUACAAUCUGUGCACCUGACACAGGAGAGCCCUUUUAUCACACAGAGAGGAAGUGAUGCACAGAGAGAGGGUGAAUUGAAGAGAAAGAGACAGAUAGAAGACUGGUUGGAGCAUAGGGCAGCAGUAGUACUACUAGAGAAAAGCAUUAACCCGUCCGGAGACAGUUUAUCUUAUGCAUCUGUUAAUGGAGGUUUGCUGGAUUGCUCAUCCUGUUUUGCCCCAUCUCUACCUGUCACCUUUUCACCCGUCACCUUCUCAGUACCUGUCAUGUCAGUGGGCUGGGAGAGAGACAGGGUCUCCUACACCUCUGUUCCUGUGCCAGAUGUGCAGUCUUACCUCUAUGAGAUGCCCUCUGCCCAUAGCGUACAGCAGCAGCUCCAACAGGUGCCCAUCCAGCAUGUGUAUACUAACCAGGUGCAGUAUGUGGAUGGAGCAGACGCUAACUACACCACCAGCACCAUUCGUUCCAGCAGUUUCCCAUACACCGAGGCCCCUCUGUAUACCCAGACCACUGCUGGACAGUACUAUGAGACCACCCCUGCCUCUGGGUCUGAGGCCACGUCCCCCGGCACACCUCUCACCGUCUCUGUGACCACUGGAUCCCCCGGCGUGUCCAUGUUUGUGGCGGGGACAGGGCAGAUCGUGGCCAAUCCUACGACAGCGGCAGGGGGCGGAGUCACAGCUGUAGUGGCAACCACUGGGACGGUGGCCAAUGGUUCUGGAGACUCCGGAGGCGAGGCUAACGGUAGCAGUGGGAGCUAUGUGAUUCAGGGCGGCUACAUGCUGACUGGUAGCGGGACCGGCAGCAGCGGAAACGGUCACGGUUAUCCCCACCCCACCCGUGCCUCUCCAGCCACCGUGAGUAUAAACGAAGGCGAGGACAAUAGUGUGCCGUCGGCAGACAAAAAGCUGUCCUCUGGCCCUCAGGUGCAGUGGUUGUUGGAUAAUUAUGAGACAGCGGAAGGGGUGAGUUUGCCCCGAUCUACUCUCUACUGUCACUACCUGCUGCACUGUCAGGAGCAAAAGCUGGAACCAGUCAACGCGGCGUCCUUCGGAAAACUCAUCCGCUCGGUGUUCAUGGGGUUAAGGACCAGACGCCUGGGCACACGAGGGAAUUCCAAAUAUCACUACUAUGGACUGCGGAUCAAAGCGAGCUCAUCUCUGCUCCGUCUGAUGGAGGACCAGCAACACCUGGCCAUGAGGCAGCAGCCCUUCUCCCAGAAACAGAGGUUGAAGCCAGUACAUAAGGUGGAGGGAAUCACGAACGGCAUGUCGUCCGGAUCCGGACAGCAGCAGCAGAGCUCGGGUCUGUCGGACAUCAGCACCCAGGUCCAGCAGUACCAGCAGUUUCUAGAUGCGUCCCGCGCUCUCCCAGAAUUCCCUGAUGUUGACCUGCAGGGUAGAGCUUUACCAGAGGGCAUUGAGCUGGAACAUCUUAAAAGCUUUCAGUUGCUCUACAGAGAACACUGCGAAGCCAUUCUGGAUGUGAUGGUCAACCUUCAGUUCCCUUUGGUGGAGACUCUUUGGAAAACAUUUUGGAGGUUCAGUGAAAGUCAGGCAGGAGACUCAACAACACUAGCUGUGCAUGAUGAGUCUGAGAAGAGGCUGCCCAAGUCAUGUUUGGUAGUACUCUGUAAAUAUGAUCCAGUGCUCCGCUGGAGUCGUGACUGCGACAACACACUGUACCAGGGCCUGGUGGAGAUGCUCAUCCCAGACGUCCUGAGACCUAUUCCCAGUGCCUUAACACAAGCCAUCCGAAACUUUGCGAAAAGUCUUGAGAGCUGGUUGACUAACGCCAUGAUGAACAUUCCUGAAGAGAUGGUUCGCGUGAAGGUGACGUCUGCAAGUGCGUUUGCUCAGACCCUGCGCAGGUACACCUCUCUAAACCAUCUGGCCCAGGCAGCUCGUGCUGUACUGCAAAACACGGCACAGAUCAACCAGAUGCUCAGCGACCUCAACAGAGUGGAUUUUGCCAAUGUGCAGGAGCAGGCGUCCUGGGUGUGCCGGUGUGAGGAUCGGGUGGUGCAGCGGCUGGAGCAGGACUUCAAACUGACCCUCCAGCAGCAGAACUCUCUGGAGCAGUGGGCAGCCUGGCUGGACGGCGUGGUCUCGCAGCUCUUAAAGCCAUACCAGUCUAGCACUGCCUUUCCAAAAGCAGCUAAACUCUUCCUGCUGAAAUGGAGCUUUUACAGUUCUAUGGUGAUCAGAGACCUGACUCUCCGCAGUGCUGCAAGCUUCGGCUCAUUUCACCUAAUCCGGCUGCUUUAUGAUGAGUACAUGUACUAUCUGAUAGAGCACAGAGUUGCCCAGGCCAAGGGCGAAACUCCCAUUGCUGUCAUGGGAGAGUUUGCAAGUCUUGGUCGGAGUUUGAAUCCACUAGAUCCUGAUAAAGAAGAGGAAGAGGAGGAAGAAGAAGACAGCGACGAUGAGUGUCAGGAGUUGUCUCUGCAGUCUGAUGGGGGCGCUAUUGGGGAUGAAUCUCUAGAACCACCCGCUAAGCUGGCUCGAACCGACCAGAGAGUGCUGUUCACCACAGGAAGCAUGGAUAACUAAGAACUUAAAUACAUACACGCACAUAAACACACACACACAAACACACAUUUGCACAUACAAGCACACACUCCACAUAAUACUCAUCUAUCAUUCAUGCACUUAAACCAACACAUGCAUCUAAAAAACAAAUGCUGCAGCUUACAUUAUCACAACAUUUCAGAUGUUUGUAUGUACAUUUCCAAGCCUGUCGAUGUCUCAAAUGCAGAGAUACACAAGUGCUCACUGAAACACAGAGACACUAAUAUAGCUGCCCUCGCCCUCACACACUCGUAUCAUAUCAAGAUCUUAGACUGGGUGUAGAGACCACUAAGAAUAGCUCUUGGAUCUGAUUCUGUCUCUAAUAGCUAUUAAGACCCAGGAACAUGAAUGAAACCUGCUGCAACUGGAUCCUAAGAGUCGUUCGCGAUGGACUGAACUCUGAUUGGCUACUGAAACCUGAACGAAAAUAUCUGUCAAGGUUUUUUUUUUAACUAAAAGGGUUGUUAGUGAGAAAAGAUGGACUGUAAGUGUGUUUGUUGUGUGUUGAUGUAUACUUUUCUGCCUAUCUGUGUGAUGUUUGUGUGAUUGUCAGUGACCCGGGACCUUACCGUUUUUAUGUGU